GCCCGGGUGGGACUGGGGGGAAGUGACUCCAGCCAAGGGCUGGGAGCUGAGGCCAGACCACAUCCGCCCCUGCAGCCGGGAGAUAAAGAAUCGACAUGCCAGCCCCAUAGUGACACCAGGGCCCCCCCCCGGCCCACAGCGCCCCCUGCUGAACCCCCUGCCCUGCCCCAUGGCACGCCCUGCCCCACAGCACCCCCUGCUGAACCCCCUGCCCUGCCCCAUGGCACGCCCUGCCCCACAGCACCCCCUGCUGAACCCCCUGCCCUGCCCCAUGGCACGCCCUGCCCCGCAGCGCCACCCUUGAGCCCCCGCCCUGCCCCAUGGCACGCCCUGCCCCACAGCACCCCCUGCUGAACCCCCUGCCCUGCCCCAUGGCACGCCCUGCCCCACAGCACCCCCUGCUGAACCCCCUGCCCUGCCCCAUGGCACGCCCUGCCCCGCAGCGCCACCCUUGAGCCCCCGCCCUGCUCCCUGCCCCACGGCGGCCCCGCUGCGCCCCCUGGAGGCAGCAUCUGCACUGACAGCUCGGCCUGUCCCCUGGGCUACCCCAGUGAGCCAUGGCCCCGUGCCGGUGAGGGGCGGUGAUGCGGCGGGGGAAGGAAAUGAGUCUACAAGACAUGACCCACCCCGGACACGGGACCGAGAAGUGAUGGCGCCGGACCCCGAACUGCGACCGCUGCUCCUGGCUCUGCUCACGCUAAACCUCCUGCGAGGGCCGGCCCCCUCCCAGGCCUUCAGCAUCGAGACCCAGAACCCCACCAUCUUCGAGGGCGACGCUGACGCACAGUUCGGCUACCGGGUCGUCCAGAUGCGUUCGAACGGCAGCUCCUGGCUGGUGGUGAGCGCCCCCCUGGCAGGGAAUGGGACGGGGGCCCUGUAUCGCUGCUCCUAUCAUGGGGGGGCCUGUGAGCCCAUCCCCCUCCCCGGUAAGUGACGGGUGCAUGGUGGGGUCACUG